UUCAAAUAUAUUUAGGGCUGAUAAGUAGGAACGACUACUGAACAAUAUGUGUGUGAUGACAAUUCCGCAGCUCGACUGACACUAAAGUUGUACCUGGCAUGCUCCUCCUUACCACCAUGCAGCGGUAAUCAUGCACAGGUUCUCACUUUACCUAGCUUGCCCAAGACAUAGACUGCAGGGCGACCGACAGGCGGCGCUUGUGAGUUGUUUACGUUUGAUGUACGGCAGUACAGCGUAUUUCAUGCUGGGACUUUAACGGUUUCAUGACGAGAUCGGCCUGCACUCCCUUCUAGCAUCAUUGUUUUUGAAUCAGCUCUUAUGCCAAAACAAUGUACCGUUCUGGGGCAAACAGCCCAGCUGCUUCCUAUUAAAAUUCGUCAGCGCAUCGCCGGUAUUAGCCCGAGGCCCAGGAACAUAGUAAACGAUUGUCGCAUUUAUACAUGCUUGAAAGCCACAACUGGAAUGGACCUUGGCAAGGAAGGCAUCAUGCCACUUGUGGAAGAUGCAGUCGUCUGGUCAAACCAGCAUGGCUUGGUGGUGGCUCUCAAGGGUGACGAAUUCGUCAAUCCCGACUUCGCCGUCAUCCACGCGCCCCUGUCGCUCACGCCUGUGGUGUACCCGCGAGCCCGCUUCAAACUGGCACAACAGGUGAUGCCGUUAUUCAACCGUUUAGUUGACGCCGUCGCUGCUGACGAAGACUACUUGGAGGGAACGCUCCGCCACGCGGCGCAGUACGACGGUUUCACGGGCCGCCUGUUGGCAGUGCUGCACGCGACGCGUUCGACACGUGACGAGAUGCGAGUCGCGGGGCGGAACGUCGUGCUAGGUAUCCAUCGAUCUGACUACAUGCUCGACCAGCCCAGUGGCAAAUUCCUUCAGGUGGAACUCAACACAAUCGCGUCCUCUUUUGGCUGCCUCUCAGCUCUCAUGACUCGGCUACACACCUACAUGGCCAGCAGGAUCACCUCCUUGGAUCCUGCGCGUCUUCCCGCCAAUCCCACCCUGGAGCAUAUCCCGGACGCCAUCGCCACCGCCGCCACGGCGGUCGGGUUACGGGAACAGGGCGGCGUGGUGGUGAUGGUUGUACAGCCGGGUGAACGCAACGCGUACGACCAACAGUGGAUCCAACUUGGCCUUUGGGAGCGUCACCGUCUUCGCACCGUCCGGAUGACGCUGGGAGACAUCGCCGCCAGCGCCAAGCUGGAUGAAACCACGGGCACCGUAACUCUGGCGAACGGUGCACCGGUUUGCGUGUUCUACUUUCGAGCCGGUUACACUCCCGUCGACUACCCAACUGAGGCGGAGUGGGCUGCGCGCGAGCUGAUAGAGCGCAGCAACGCCGCAAAGUGCCCCACGGUGGCGUAUCAACUGGCAGGAACCAAAAAGGUCCAGCAAGACCUAGCGGGACCGGGUGUUUUGGAGCGCUUCCUGCCGGAUAGUCGCGACUCGGGGUUGCUGCGGGAGUUCUUUGCGGGGCUAUGGUCGCUGGACCCACGCGACUUGACCACUGACCCAGGGGUCGCUGCGGCGGUGGCAGACGCGGUGGCGCGCCCAGAGGCAUACGUGCUGAAACCUCAACGCGAGGGCGGAGGCAACAACCUGUACGGUAGGUCCAUUGUCGAGCUGCGGGCGGCACUGGCGGCGGGUGGCGAACAGCUGAGCGCCUACAUCCUCAUGCAACGGAUUUUGCCGCCUUCCAACCGGUCGAUCCUCGUGCGGAAUGGACAGUGGUCGGAGGCCGAGACACUCAGCGAGUUGGGCAUAUACGGAACCUUUGUUCGACAUGGGGAUGCCGUACUUCGAAACCAGCAGAGCGGCCACCUCGUUCGGACCAAGACCUCCAGCUCCAAUGAAGGCGGCGUGGCGGCAGGGUUUGCCGUACUGGACAGUCCGUACUUGGUGGAUUGAGUGGAGGUUGUAUGAGGAGGCGGCGGGGGCCGAGGGGAAGAGGACGGUACGGCGGCGGCAGCAGAGGCAGCGGUAGAGGCGCCGCUGGCGCAGAGGGCCUUCCGUCGAUACCGGUACCUAAUCGGGAUGGUCUGCUUCGGUACUCGCCAUGUACUCGCGUGGCGCUGUUUGGUGUCUGGUAUUGAUUGAUGCAUGGAAUGUCCAUUCCAUGCAAAUCUCGUGCGCGGUUGGAUGCGAUGUAUCGGGGAUAAAUUUGCGGUGUUGAGGAGGGGAUGUAUGGCCCCUUAUGAGGACACGUAGGCGUGCAGGGGACGAGACCGCGUCCGAAAGUGCUUUCAAGGUUUCGUUGUUCUGGUUUCGCUGGAAGGUUGUUUCACAGGUAUGAUUAACAUGUUAUAUAUGACAAAGUCAGUUUGUAGGGCCAAGGAGGAACGGGAGGUGUGUCGAUGUGAUCACCGAGCCAGUUGCCAUCUCGCGCGCGCGCACUUUUGUUUUUGAUGGGCCGCGGCGCCGACUCGGAACGCGGGAGAUUGUUAUCGUGUACCCCUGAUUGGACGAGCGAAUAGUAAGAAAAACGCGCUAGCAGAAAAACGCGUUCGCAUGACUCAGUGCAUAUUUAGAAACUUUAAUUUGGCUUAGGUCGUGCAUGAAGUGUCGGGGCAAAAGAAACAGAAAUUCACAUGUUAAAAGUAAAAGGCGCUGAUGAUGUGCAGUAAUCGAUUAUGCGAUAGCCCCGCUCGCGAGGACGCAUCCAUAGAGGGUGAUCAUUAAGAGCUGUUAUAAACAUGGCUCGCUUAGGGAUUGGUAUAGGCGUCGUUUGGACGCAGAGCGCGUCCCGGCGUAUGUGCACCCAGAUAUGGACGAAUCGAUGCCGACAUUACGCCCCGCUUAUGUCAACAAAUGGUAUUAUAAAUAUAGUUACGAUCCUUACAUCGUAAUUUAUGGUGACAUCAUCUACAUUUUAGCAAGCACGGCGGGCGACCGGGUCUCGCGCCUUUUAGCGCGAUGUCG